AUGAGAGCUGUACACGAGACUCUGAAAGCUAAAGGAGUGGUUCAAUUGGCCUUGGGAUUCAGCGAUGAAAAAAGCAUCUAUCUGCAGACACUUAUUAACAACCUUAACAAAAGCCAUGGUCAUGGUCUUCCGAUAACCCAUAGUGCUGAAUGCGGCUGGUUUUGGGAUGUUCGGCCCUCUCCGUCGAGCUUCCAAAGCCAUGGACACCAAGCCCGCUCAGAGACAAUGUCUCGGUUUGAUUGGCAUACCGACUGCAGCUAUGAGGAGUGUCCGCCGCGAUACUUUGCUCUUCAAGUCAUUCAACCGGAUCGCUGCGGGGGUGGAACGUUGUCUGUACUAAACGUCGAUCGACUCCUCGCCUUACUCUCCCCUUUCGCACAGAAAUGGCUCUCCAGCAAUAACUACAAGAUCACUGUCCCUCCUGAAUUUGUUAAGGAAGUGGGAGAGCAGUAUAUUUCUGGCAACCUGCUCGCAGUAAAACCGGAGGGAGAAAGUGGUAGUCAAUUGCGGUUCCGGGAUGAUAUCACUAUACCUUUGACUCCAAACGCUGCUAAGGCGCUGGACGAACUCAAGGAGAUCCUGUAUGGGAAUGGAGCCGAGGAAUGGACCAUUCAUCUAGAGCCCAAGAGCCUUCCUCAGGGGUCAAUAAUCUUGACGGAUAAUCGACGUUGGCUGCAUUCUCGGAAUGAAGUGAAAGACCCCAACCGACAUCUCCGACGUCACGUCUGCCUUCCAGGUGCUGUGGGCUUUGAAUCUGUGUCAGAAAGGCCAGAUGCCGACCUAUUGGAUAAGGCCCGCGACACUUAUACCUCAAGACUGAAAAGAUGUUCUUCCUCUUGGCCUGUUGGAUCGUUAGAUGCAUCAUCUCCUCAUCCCGUAUUGAUUACUCAACGGCAUCAUGAGGAGUUGCACGAAUUGCAUCUGGCCUUGAGUUUGGCAAUUAAAGACAUCAUUGAGCGAUGGUGGACGGAUGAGCAGGCCCGGUUUCCCCAGCGGAUGCCGUUAGAACCCGAAGAGGAAGAUUUAUUGCGUCAUACUGAUGAUGUAUCCCUACGAAAGUGGAUCCACUCGAACCCGUGCCUAUUCCGACCGUGGAAUGAGAGACAGGGAUCCUGGCGACCGGAUUUCUUAGUGGAAAUUGACGAAGCCGGUAUGGAGGUAUUCCGCAUCUGCGAAAUAAAUGCGAGAUUCUGCUGGAAUGGCUUUAUGCACGGCGGCUUUGGCCAAGACUCACUUUCGGAGUUUAAUCUUGAGUCUCGGGGUCUGAUGCACGCCGCCGAUGCAGAAUCAAUUCUCGGGGGGUUAUUCGAACUAUUCGACAACAACCUUCCCUUGCAUCUGGUCAAAGGAGAGGAACAUGGAAUCGACAUCUUCAUGUUUAUCGAAUUCGCCAAGAAAAGGCUUGGUAUUAAGCCUCGACUCAUAACUCCGGAAAGCCUCCGAAUCAUCCCUGACUUAUCUAAGGAUGCCGGAUUCAAAUUGUACUGUCUCGCCCAAGCAGGUUCCGUUGACACUAUCACUACCGAUUCCGGCGAACUGGUGGAAGAGGUCCAUCAAAUUGGCCUCGAACUUCAUCAACGGGAAAUCAAUGCCCUUGACCCGGAGAUGAAACGCCUGAUCAGCGUUCGGUGCUUUAAUGACAUGCGAACAAUUCUGCUUGCCCACGACAAGAGGAUGCUUGGCCUUAUACAGGAAGAACUGGAGACUCUGGUCUCUAGAAACAUCAUCACCUCCAGACAAGCUGAAUGCCUCCACCGAGGCAUAACACCUACCAUCCUGCCGGGUUCCAUGGCUCUUAAUCGGUUCAUCAACUCUUGUAGAGAGUCAGAAAUCCUCCAAAAAGAAUACAUCCUGAAGCCAAUAAGAGGGGGAAAGGGAGCCGGUAUUCUUUUUGGUGAUGAAGUCAGCUAUUCUACCUGGCUAGCACUGCUUGAGCAGAUGCGAUGUCCGAAACUGGAAGUAGGCAAGACCGUCGAUGCCAUAUGGUUGGGACCUAUCAUGCAACCAACGGAGAAUACCUUGGACUAG